ACAUCCACAUUGUCCUUCCCAUAAACUAUAAACUCCAUCUCAAUUUCUUCCAUCUCAACCAUCAAUGGUAUCACUCGAACCCCUCACGGACCCGACCCCCGUCCCCGCCCGGAUCUCCUUCUCGGCCGACUUCCUCGACGACGCCAACUUCAUCUCCAUCUCCCCCAAGGACCGAGAUCAAAAGGACACCCCAACCAGAACCGCCGCCGACUUCGAGUUCCUCUCCGGCGACGCCAACCCCAACAUGAUCACCGCCGACGAGCUCUUCUCCGAGGGCAAACUCCUCCCCUUCUGGCAAUCCCAGCCCCUCCACAAGCUCAACCUCAAAACCACCGACUCCGACGCCCCGCCGCCGCAGCAGACGGUCAACGCCGACGACGACCAGCGCCGGAUCAGCUGGUUCCUCGACGACGACCCCUCUCCGCGCCCUCCAAAAUGCACCGUCCUGUGGAAGGAGCUCCUCCGCCUCAAGAAGCAGCGCUCCUCCACGCUGUCGCCGUCUCUUUCGUCGUCUUCUUCUUCGUCUUCGUCGUCGUCGGCUGAGGAGGAGAGGAAGAAAGGAGGCAAUAAUAAGGCGGCGAGCAAAGUGAAGAAAGGGCUGGAGAGGACGAGAUCGGUGAAUAUAAGGAUUAGGCCGAUGAUUAAUGUUCCAAUCUGCACCGCUGCGAGGAGCACGGCGCUGCCGCCGCUCUUUCCGGCGAGGAGAGGAGGGAAGUUAGAGGGCUAGGGAAUUCAUUACAUUACAUUACAUGAGAAUUUUUUUUUUGUAUUUUUUCAUGUAUUGAUUUUUUUAUUUUUUUUACUGUUCUAUUUAGAUUUUUGUUGAAUUAAUCCGGUGAACAGUUGAUGUAGAGUGGUGCUUUGAUGUUUAGUAAUUCUGUCAUGAACUAAUUAACAUUGUUAAUUAUUUACUUAAUUAAUUACAUUUUAUAUGGGAAACAUGAUCCACUUAUUAUGGAA